UCUGCUCAUCUGACCUACUGGCCACCAUAACACUUCCUCUAUAACGCAUUGCACUGUUAGUGUGUUAAAAAUGAACUGCGUGUCCGUCCUCCGUCCUCAGGUGCAGGCCGCCAUCAAGAAGAAGAUGGAGAAACAGAAGAAGAGGAACGGCGGGCAGGCGGGGGGCUCUGGUGACAUCCAAACCGUGACUCCUCAGCCUCCACGCCAUCAGAAACCCAAGCCGUUACCCCAGACGAUGACGGCGGAGGCGGCGGAGGCGGCUGAGGACAGGGAGAUGCUGGAUGAAAGGCUGGAGGAGAUGAUGGAGGGACCGCAGAGGAGAGAGAGGGAGAGAGAGAAGGAGGCGGAGCCGGUCGACUUGCUGCCUAUCGUGGACUCGGUGUUCGGACAGGACAGAGAGCUGAGACCAGAGGAGAUCGAAGAACUUCGCGAGGCGUUUGUGGAGUUUGAUAAGAAUAAAGACGGCUUCAUCAGCCAUAAGGACCUGGGGGAGUGCAUGAGGACCAUGGGAUACAUGCCCACAGAGAUGGAGCUCAUAGAGCUCAGUCAGCAGAUCUGUGGAGGUAAAGUGGACUUUGAGGACUUCGUGGAGCUGAUGGGCCCGAAGAUGCUGGCAGAGACUGCAGACAUGAUCGGAGUCAAAGAACUGCGAGAUGCUUUUAAAGAGUUCGAUUCUAACGGUGACGGUCAGAUCAGUUUGAUGGAGCUGCGUGAGGCCAUGAAGAAGCUGAUGGGGGAACAGGUGACCAACAGAGAGAUCAACGAGAUCCUCAGAGACGUCGACCUCAACGGAGACGGCCUGGUGGACUUUGAGGGAGUAAAGAUGUACAGAACUACAAGGUCCCCAAUGAUGCAGCCUCUGGUCAACUCAGGAAUGGGCAUGGCUCCUUUCUUCAAGGUGACCGUGUUCGAGCAGGAGCACUUCCAGGGAAAGUGCCUGGAGUUCACCUCCGAGUGCUGCAACAUCCAGGAGUGCGGACUGGACAACAUCCGCUCCAUCAGGGUGGAGAGCGGCGCCUGGGUGGGUUUCGAGCACCAUGACUUCCAGGGCCAGCAGUUCAUCCUGGAGAGAGGAGAGUACCCCCACUGGGACUCCUACAGCGGUUCCCUCUCCUACCACGUGGAGCGUCUGAUGUCUCUGCGCCCCAUCUACUGCGCUUCUCACCAGAGCAGCCGCAUGAUCAUCUUCGAGAAGGAGAACUUCAUGGGCCGCAGCGUGGAGCUGUGCGACGACUACCCCUCCCUGCAGGGCAUGGGCUGGAUGAUGCCCGAGGUUGGCUCCAUGCACGUGCAGUGCGGCGCCUUCGUGUGCUACCAGUUCCCCGGCUACAGGGGCCAGCAGUACAUCAUGGAGUGCGAGAGACACAGCGGAGACUACCAGCACUGGAGGAACUGGGGCUCCCACUGCCAGACCCCCCAGAUCCAGUCCAUCAGGCGCAUCCAGCACUGA